AUGGCCGCUAGCUACUCCGACAUGUAUCCCAAGCGCAAGACCGAGUUGGAGGACAUCACCAACCGCCAUAAGAAGGCUAAGCUAGAUAAGUCUUACUAUCCAAUCCAGGAACGGCUGCCUUCUCCCUCAACUCCAUCAUGUCUGCUGUCUCCACACAAGCGCCAAAAGCUGGUGACGUUUGAGCUCCUGAAGAACCGUCACUAUGAGAACUCACCACUUUUGACUCCCAAAGAUGACGACUACGAAUCGGAGUGUGAAUCUCGCGACAACAACAUCCAUGAGGUUAAUGUUGACCAUGCCGAAAAGGUUUUGGAUACUUCCGUGGCUGUUCCGAGCGUUCUGGCCAUUCUGUCUCCUCCACUUGAGCAUCACCAACAGCUUGAUGAGAACGCCGACUACACCGCGUUGUGCGCCACUGGUGAUUUGCUCAACGAAACAAAGCACCGCAUUGAGUCCCAGAUUGCAGAGCUCCGGAAGCUCCGUGCUGCGGCUCAGGGCGGCUCCAAGCAGGCCUUGGUGGAGUUCUACAUGGCCCUCAUCUGCCAACAGGCUCGCUUGCCAGGCCAACAUAAGAUUGUGCGUGCUCCCUCGGUAGACUGGGCCAAAUACCACCCAGGCUUGGGCGCCGUGUCGCUAAACGACUGUACGAACUCUAACGAAAAUGCCUUCACGGCCUUGAACGUGUUUCGGGGCUGA